UUAGAUAUUGCUACACCUACUUCACCCAUAACUCCUUCAUCAACAGCUCUUGAAACCUUGCACUGCACCAUGUCCAUAGCGAGCGCUAUAGACUCUGAAAGGAGUCACAAGAAGUUGUUCCACUACAGAAAUGAUUCAGGCGAGCUUGAUGUGUUUGAAGCUGCAAGGUACUUCUCAGGAUACAAUGAAGCUGUUGGCUAUAAUGGCUCUGGUUUUACUCAGAAGAUCAUGAGAGAAGAUAGGCAUGGACACAGAGGCAGAAUCAGCUUAGACAUGCCCAUGAGAAGCUUACUUCCUCAACACUUUCAUGGGUUGGAGAAGCAUGGGAAGGAGAAGAAACACAAGCAGCCUAGCUCUCCAGGUGGUAGGCUUGCCAGCUUCUUGAAUUCUCUCUUCAGUCAAUCUGCAUCAAAGAAGAAGAAAUCGAAAUCAAGCAAGCAAUCUAUGAAGGAUGAGGAUGAGAGUCCAGGUGGGAGGAGAUGGAGGAGGAGCAGCAUUAGCCAUUUCAGAAGCUCCAGUACUGCAGAUUCAAAGUCCCUAUAUUCUUCAUUCAGUUCAGGGUUUAGAACACCUCCUUAUGUUCAAACCCCAACAAAAAGCUGUAAGGAAUUCCGAACCUUCUUAGACCAGAAGCAGCAACCAGUGCCAGUGUCAAAAUACAAUAAUGGGCAUGUAAAGUCAACUUCCUUACAGAAUGUGUCAUUGUGGGAUGAUAAGAAAAAGAAAGAUCAUCAGCCAACUGUUUUGGAUGACAAUUGCAAAACAAGAAAUGUUCUAUCUGAGAAAGAUAGGAUAUGGGUGGAGAAACACUGUCCAGAGGAAAAGGAAUUCAAGAAGUUCAAUGAAGUGGAUGAUGGUGCAGAAAGUGAUUCAAGCUCUGAUCUGUUUGAGUUGCAAAAUUAUGACUUGGGUUACUACCCCAGUGGUCUUCCUGUUUAUGAAACUACUAACAUGGAUAACAUUAAGAGAGGAGAACCAAUUUCCAAUGGUCCUCUGUGAUAUUGUAUUUUUACUUUUAGUUUCUCUGCUUAGUUGUUUCUUGUCUAAGUUUGUUAACAGAUUUGGAAAGAAAUUAAAAUCUCCUCUAUUAUGCUUGUUUGUCCUCUGAUAUUCUUUUCAA